GUAACCUGUCAUUUUACUCAGAUCAGGAUUUAAGUUUGGUUUUGAUUUGUUUAAUGGAAACAGAGAAAGUAAGCGUACACUUGGGAGAAAAUAGAUCGCUGAUAUCAUUUCAGACACGAAGAAGGAAGAAUCUGAAAAACGAUAAACGAUACCUACCAGCGAACAAUCAGCAGCCAGUCGCACCUCCAUCAUCAUCAUCAUAUCAGACAUUAUGACGUGUGUUUUUGAUAGUCACAGGUGCUGAGUCAGCAUUUCACGUGCCAUGAUUUCACCUCUGCAUAUGCAGCAGUGCAGUUGUGCUUUUGCAAGAAAGACCAGUGCAGCAACGUUGGAUUUCCCAUAAAUAAUGUGGCAUUUAGCACAUGUAAACUUGUGGAUUGUCCCUUUAAAAUGUAGUUGAUUUUUUGGGGGGGUUUUUUCCCCUGGUUUUGUCCCUUUUGUUUAAGCGUGAGCUGUCAAUCAUUACAGGGAGUGGUGAAGCUGCUGCAGAAUACCUGAGAUAUUUCUCAGAGACAACAGGCUGAGACACAAAGAAGGUGGAGGGAGUGAAAGAGAGGACACAUGACUGCUGCUGCUGCUGCUGCUGUCAUGUGUGAUGUGAUGUGUAUAAUAAUCCAGGAGGAGUGAAGGAAAUGUUUUUAAAGGAAUUUUAAAGAGAAGGAGAGAGAGAGAAAAGCCAUAUGGAAAUCUCUGCCUCAACAACAGACCGACGGAUAAACAAAUGGCCGUGUCCACACACACACACACACACACACACACACUGUCAUCACUGGUUACUGGGUGGAGUACUGUUAUUAAAUCUCUUGGAGGCAGGCACAAAAAAGAAAAAAAAGAAAGUAAAAGCACGGCUACACACAGAGAGAGGGAGGGAGAGAGAGAGAGAGAGAGAGAGAGGGAUAAAUAUAACACAGAAACUUCAGAGAAAGAGAGAGAGACUGGAAAGAGAUAUUUAAAGCGCAGACAGAAGAAAGAGACACAGACAAAGAGACAGAAUCAGCCAUUUAAGUCACCAUGUUACUGAAGUAGCUGAUGAAAACAGAGAUGAACCCAGCAGCUCUGCGCCCAGUGAUCCGAGCAGGAGAUGGAAGGACACUGUCCAGAGCAGAGUUCCUCUCACUGCUCAACACCUACAACUGCUUCCUGAAGGACCAGACGCAGCUGCACCUCGGUUUCUGUCAGGCAGCUGAUGGAGAGGUGGUCGUGGAAGGAUUCCUGAAUAUCUGCUGGGGCGUACGGAGGCCGAUCAGGCUGAAAAUACAGGACGACAAACAGAUGCUUCCCUUUGUCCCUGUGAUUGUCCCUCUGAUCCCACUGGACCCCGCCGGUCCACUCAGUCCAGUCAGUCCACUCGAAAACAAGAGGGGAAUGACACGGUGGGGAGAAUACGCCGACCUUCACCAGAUAGACGAGAUUUCUGAGACGGCACAGGAAACCGUCGUCACCUGUCCUCUGCCAGGCCCCGUCGUUUACGAGACCACCACGCUGCGUCCCGUGAGGCAGAAGAACGCAGAGCUGGAGGACGAGUCCAACCUGUUCCGCUGCAUGAGCGACGCCUCGCUGGUCAAGAGGAGGAGAGGCAGAGGAAAGACAGCCGCGCAGAGAGAGAAGGAGAGACAGCAUCGCUUCUCCAUCAACGGACACUUCUACAACUAUAAGACCUCAAUCUUCACUCCGUCCUUCGGUACCGCGACGAAAGUUCGUAUCUCCAGCAGGAUGAACACAAACCAGGUCAUUGAAGAGCUACUGAACAAGUUCAAGAUAGAGAACGACCCGCAGGAGUUUUCUCUCUACUGUGUUCACCAGAGUGGAGAAAAGAAGAAGCUCGGUAACAGAGAUCAGCCUCUGUGGGAGCGAAUACUGCAGGGACCCUCUGAUGACAUCAUGAAGAUCUUUCUGAUGGACAUGGACGAACGGGAAGUCAGCAACGACGUAGCCCAGUAUCUGAACUUGGAGCUUCCGAUCCUGAAGCAGAUUCUACUGAAACUCAGAGAGGAGGAGCACAGAGAGAUCCAGAGGGUCGUAGAGAAGUAUCACAAGCAUCACAGACUCCUGUCCCGUAUGUUGAGCUCCAAGGUGUUGCCUCAUAUUGAGACCAGUGUCUGACCCCCCGGUGUUCUGCGUCUCCGACACAUGACCCCUCAUUCACCCACCACAAAAAGAAACAACUUAGUUUGGACAAAUUUUUAUAUUCUUAAUAGACAAAAUACAUGAUAGGCCCAUUUUGUUUUUUUCAAUUUGACAAAGCAGGUCACUUUGGGUUUUUAUUCACAAAAUGAUUUUUUAAACUGUAAGAAGUUGUAAAUAACUGUAAAUAAAUGUUGUUUGCUGAAAAUGUU